CUGCCAGGCAUCCUCAUUCUUAUGCAUAGUAAGACUACGGAGUCAUGGCGUCUGCUGCCUCCGUCCGUUCACUCCGUUGGAAAUCGGUAGUUAAGUACCUCCGUAGUGAAGAGUAAAUCUCCAAUGAGAGGAGAGAGAUUGUCAAAGACGGAAAUCCUUCAGCCCACUUCAGGGACCCUUUUUGCCGUGCGUUUCACAAGGUUAGUAGUGAUGGCUGUGAGUAGAUGGAACCAUUACACGAAGCACAUGGCUGAUCUGCCUUGCUGUCAUCUUCAACAAUUUCUUCUGCCUAUUAUACUGCCAAGACCUUGACAUCUCUCUCAACGACAUUGUUCUACUCUGGCAUU